UUCUCUAUCUACCGAUCGCUCGACGCUUUAAGCCAUCGGUACACUCCAGUACACAAUGGCUCUACAAGAUGAUCAUGACUUCAACUGCCUCACCAUUAAGGAGCUUGAGGAGCAUGCCUACAAGUUGAUGGACAAGCAGACCCGAGAAUACUAUAACGAAGGAGCCGAUUCUGGAUCAACACUUCGAGAGAACAUCACUGCAUAUGAGAAGUAUCGCAUCCGUCCACGUGUGCUGCGGGAUGUGUCGGCCGUCGAUACAAGCAUCAACAUUUUCGGGUACAGGAACAGCAUUCCUCUCGGCGUGGCACCGACCGCCAUGCAAUGUCUAGCCCAUUCGGACGGUGAGCUUGGAACAGCUCGGGCAUGCAAGAAGGCCGAUGUAGCGAUGGGCCUCAGCAGCUUCGCCACCAAAACCUUGGAAGAAGUCGCCGAAGCUAGCGAGGAUCUUCCCAAUGUGCUGCAGCUGUACCUAUUCGAAACCCGCGAACAUAGUGCGAAGCUCAUUCGUCGUGCGAAGAAGGCAGGGUUCAAGGCCGUCUUCCUCACAGUAGACACGCCUUUCCUCGGUCGCAGAAACCUGGAGAUUCGAAACCAGUUCAAGCUUCCGCCUCAUCUCAAGAUUGCUAACUUCAUCGAUGAGGAUGAAGAGAAGGAGGCCGCGAAGUCUCCGGCUAAGCCGGGCUACCACGAUGGCGAGAAGCGUGUCUCGCCGACUGGCAAAGUCACAUUCCACACCCAUGCCGCGAAUCCGACUUUGAGCUGGGAGAGUGAUAUCGAUUGGCUGAGGAAGGAGUGCGGAUCUGAGAUGGAGGUCUGGGUCAAAGGGAUCGCCACGGCCGAGGAUGCUCUUCUCGCGAUCAAACACAAAUGCGAUGGCAUCGUGAGAUCGUAG